AUGAUGAGGAUAGUCCAGUUUCGAGAACGAAAGGCGCAGGAAGCCUAUCUCUCCAUCCAGGUACUGGGGGUCUCAGAUGCGGAGGAAAAAGAAGAAGUCGAACCAGGAGAGAUUUCGAACCUUUUUGAUACUCCGCCUUCAGAUGGUCACUUUUAUCAUCAGCUAUCUGGUAUCAGAUUAUCAAAUGGUCUUGGACAUGGACAGCAAGCAAAAACAGAGGACAGUAUUGCUACAAGUGGUGUAAAACAUCAUGAAUGCCUCUUUCCCCAUGAUAAAGAUAAAUUGAAACCCUUAUUUCUUAAGGAGCAAAGCCAGUCUAGAUGCAAAGGCAUAGAAAAGAGGGCUGCAUGUGUACCUAAAUAUCGUCUAAUUUCUAAAUCCUCUUUAAAAAUACAUAAUAAUCCUCAAAGACAAACAAAUAUAAUUGCAAAGGUAGAAGGGUGUUCAAGCGUUCAGAAGUUUCCUGCUGCCUGUGACUGUAAUGGGAUAGCAUUGGAAAGACACCAAAGGCAAGGACUGCAUUCUGUUUGUAAAUUGUCGUUAAACCGAAUUGAUGAGGUCAGAAGAUAUGGAAAAUGUUAUUCCCAUCAAUGUUAUACCUCUCUUGGCAGUAAGAAGCAAAGUUGCCUUGGAGCAAAAGAACUGCCAUUGCAACAUAUUUUAAAAUCUCAGAAGUAUUUACCUCCAGACAAGUCUCUUCUUGCACUUCCGUUACUUAGGCUUCCUCAGCAUGUCAAGCAACCAAAAUAUUCUCAGUACCAAAACUUUAACUAUAAGCUGUAUCCAAAAUAUAGAAACUACAUGCCAAAGAAAUGUGAAUUUAUAGCUGAUAAAAAGAAUGUUAGUCAGAUAAGGGAAAAUAAGUUAAGCAUUGGAUCUCCUGUAAACAAACAGAAACUAAACCAAGGAGAGUUUCUGGUAAGAGGGAAGGAGCAAAACACUCUUGAAUCUGAUAAAACCAACGGCACUCCAACAACUCUUAAUGCAAAUCUGAGAGAAAAAGAAGUGAUAAAGAAAAUGGAUGGCAUUGAGGUACUUCGUGAGAUUGGUCGAGGGACGUAUGGGACUGUCUGGUUGGUCAGGAAGCGAAGUGACCAGAAGUACUUAGUUCUGAAAUCUGUAGAUUUAUCCCAUUCCAACAAGCAAGAGGCAGAAGCAGCACGGCAAGAGGUUCGUCUCCUUGCAAGCUUAAAACAUCCGAACAUUGUGUCGUAUAAGGGUUCAUUUGAGCUCAAUUACCAGUUGCACCUAUUAAUGGGAUACUGUGAAGGAGGAGAUCUUUUUACUUGCAUAAAACAACAACAUAGCAAGCUUUUUUCUGAGCAACGUAUUAUCCGUUGGUUCAUACAGAUAACAAUGGCAUUGCAGUACCUCCAUGGUCACAACAUUUUACAUAGGGACCUGAAGACUCAAAACAUAUUCCUUACACGUUCAGGUCUUAUAAAACUUGGUGAUUUUGGUAUUGCUCGAAUCUUGGGGUCUUCCAUUGAUAUGGCAACUACGAUGAUUGGCACUCCAUAUUACAUGAGUCCUGAACUGUUUGCUGGUCUUCCAUACAACUAUAAAUCAGAUAUAUGGGCUUUGGGGUGUUGUCUGUAUGAGCUUGUGACAUUAAAACAUGCAUUCCAUGCAAGAGACAUGUCAGGUCUUAUCUAUAAGAUAUCACAUGGCAAGAUUGGAGGCAUAUCCAAAGUAUAUAGUGAAGAUCUGCAGAGCCUGAUUUCUGACAUGCUUAAUCGCACAUCAAACCUAAGACCUAGCACAUCCCAAAUCCUUCACAGACCAUUUGUCAAGGGCCAUAUUUCAGCCUUUCUAAAGGACACUAAGCAGCCUGCACAGUCUGGUGAGGUUCAAAAGGUGACAGAGGAGGAUUGUAAUCUACAGAUAAAUCCUAAAAAAGAGAAUGUAGAUAAAAUGAAGGAAGAAGUGGUCAGACCCAACCCUGGUGCCAGAAGAUGUUGUGAAAUAUUUCCUGAAUUUGAGUCUCUGCAGAUCUCUGGGGAUAAGAUGAAGUUGGAAAGCAGAUCAAAAGUUGAAUCUAAGCCAAGUGGGGUCAAGGAGUGUCAGUGCAAAAGACAAGGAAAUAAGGAAAUGCCAUCUGCAGGCCAAGGUUCAAAGUCACGCAGACGUCGUCAUCACAAUAAGAACUCAGUUAUUCCAAAUUCAAGUACAAAUCAGGAUACAUUGGUUGUUUCUGAAGAUUGUUGUUUUCUACGUGAUAUAUCUUCCUCUAUUGUCACAGCUGAAUGCAGUCCAUCAGCUUCCUCUGCCUUCUCUGCCAGGGAGAGGAGAAGACAAAAAAGACUUCAAGAAAUAGACUUAGAGAUUGAUUGUGAAGAAAUGAAGACCAACAGUAGUAGAAGCACAGAGAGUAUCAUUGAUUGUCAGUAUGUAACAGAAAAAGAAGUAAAAGCAAAAGCUAGUAUAGAUUGUUGUAUAAAGCGUGAUGCAGUUUCUGAAGUGUGUUUAGGUAACCCAUUCCAGGAAGUUAAUGACUUUGUAAACAUCCUGGACACAACACUAAGUGAUGAUGGUGUAGAAAGUGUUAGUGAAACCUGUGCACAAGAUACACAAAUUUUAACACCAAAGGAUGGACUGGAAUCAAGAAUCUGCAUGCUAGAAGAUGCACUUAUAACUAAAGUGGGAAAGGACCAAGCAGCAGCAGUGAUAAGUUUGGCCAAGGCAAACUCUUGGGAGGGCUGGGAAGACCAGAGAGCAUUAGCAGAGAAGAUACUAGGAGACCACCUGUUUUCUUCAGUUGCAACUAUAGUCUGGCAUCUAAAAUUGUGUUAUUGUUUUCAUCAUGAUGAACUUGAUCAUCCUGUAUGAAAUAUGGCCACUUACAUGUUGAUGAUAGUGAAACAUUACUGAUUUUUCAAACAUAUAUACUCUUAGUUUCAUUGGUAUAAAAAAAAAAAAAAAAAAAAAAAAAAAAAAA